AGUAAUCCCUUCACUGAUGUCGUUCUAGUGAAAAUUUUCACAUUUCAGUUCGGUGGUCGUCCGCUGGAGUGUUGGGUUCCGGCACAGUUCACUGCAAGUUGGGAGGCCUACACGGAGAUGUACUGUUGGGCACAGAACACCUACUGGGUUCCCAUAGAGCAGGAUAUCCCUGUCGACAUAGCGGAACGAGAAUAUCGCCAAAUAUCAUAUUAUCAAUGGGUGCCGUUCUUUCUGUUGAUUCAGGCCUUCCUCUAUUAUAUUCCGUGCCUUAUGUGGAGAUUAAUGAGUGACAAAUCCGGUAUUCGACUCAACGACAUUGUCCAGAUGGCCACCGAAAAGGAAAAUAUUGAACCGGAUUACCGCAUCCGAACUAUUGAGUCGCUUUCGAGGCAUAUCGAAUCAGCUCUGAGUUCACUGAAAUACUGCGAAUUUGGAGGCACACCUCCAGACUGGGUAAAG